AAGCAAUGUCUUUGGAUGCCGUACCCUCGCGCUGACUAGGUUGUUGUCAUUCAUCAUACGUUCGUACGUCUCAUAGGUCUUCACUUUGUUCGAUUGUCGAACAUUGAACCUAAUCAACCCGCCUUUCAGCAACUUACAUAAGGGACCACGUCAAAGGCUCGCCAAUGAUGGAUGUGCACUUUCCCAGAUCUGUUUUUUUCUGUCUCACCUUGGCUCAGCUCCUCCACUGGUCUUCCUCUGUCAGCAGAACGGAGUUUCUACAGGCCAUGCUCACGGACUACGACAGUCGCAUACCACCCAGCUACUCGGCAGAACUACCGACCAAUGUUACCGUAGACCUGAGAGUGCGCACCAUACAUUCUAUCGACGAGGCCACCAUGGACUUCUCGGCUCAUUUUUUUCUCACUCAGAAAUGGACGGACCACAGACUUAUGUUUUUCGGACUCAUCGAAGCUCCGUAUUUGGAGCUAGAUUCGAAAUUCAUGGACAGUGUAUGGGUUCCUGAUCUGUACUUCUCCAAUGAAAAAGAAGCUCAUUUCCACGACAUCACCGUUCCGAAUAAAAUGAUGCAUCUGUAUCAAGAUGGUACUGUCAUAUACCGGGCAAGGGUAUCUAUUAAGGCCUCGUGUCCCAUGGCGCUUCACAAAUACCCGAUGGAUACCCAGAUCUGUCACGUUGAGCUGAGAAGCUUUGCCUACAGCCAAAGUAACGUCGUAUUUCGAUGGAAAGAAGAAAUGCCAAUAAUUGUCAGCUCAAAUUUGAAGCUGCCUCAGUUUUCAUUGGACGAUUACAGCGCCGGUGAGUGCGCUCCCGAUCCGUACGAAGGUAAUUUUAGCUGUAUCCAGGCGACGUUUUAUCUGAAGCGUGAACUGGGGUACUACAUGAUCCAGCUGUACAUCCCCAGCGUUCUCAUCGUUUCGCUCUCCUGGGUCUCCUUCUGGCUCAGUGCAGACGCCGUACCAGCUAGAAUCUCAUUGGGUAUCCUCACCGUCCUCACCAUGACGACGCAGAAAUCCGCCGGAAACACAUCUUUGCCUAAGGUGUCCUACGUCAAAGCCAUUGAUGUUUGGAUGGCGUUGUGUUUGACGUUUGUGUUUGCCGCUCUGCUGGAGUACGCCCUCGUCAACGUGUUACUCAGGAAAAGUAUCAAAUCUCAGCUCAUUCGAGAUGCACAGAUGGACGUAGAGAAAAACCCGGAGAUGAAAAACCUCACAUCGAACGCGUCCACUAAAUCAAGCUGGACCAAAACAAUUUUCGGUCGGACGCCAUGUCAUAACACCGCCGAUUUGAUGGACCGAAUUUCUCGGGUGCUGUUUCCUCUUUCCUUUGGAAUUUUCUGCCUUGUUUACUGGUGUUUUUAUCUUCGAUGAUAUCAUUCUUGAGACUUAAAGACCGUUGAAAUAGAUUGUCUUUUAAAAACAUCAUCCUGGGAUAAUUUGCAACAUUGGUAUAUAAUUCACGCAAGUGUCUUGGAAUUGUGUGGAACACCAUGGUGCUGGGAAGGAUCAGAAAGAGUUGACGUAAUCAGUCUGGUGAUCGUCUUCUCAAACGCACGCCAUGUCAUCAGUUUUUGUUCAGUUAAUCAUUUCUCUGCCAAGUCUUCACGGAAAAUUGAGAAGAAUGAAGUUCAACUAAUUCACAAUGCCCAUGUCAUCGUCAAACACCUGUCAUCAGUUUAGUUAUUUAUAGCUCGUAAAAUAUUGUUGUUUUUACUUCUAAUCAUGACCUAAAUGAUAGCUGUGUAUCUCCAAGGCAAAUGACAUGCAAUAACAGUAAUGUGGUAAUGCCCUUUUCACGUGUUUCAUCCCAACACUAUGUAAACUACAUUGAGCUGAAUUCUGUGCUAUAACCCAUUAACUUGUAUUCGCGUGUAAAACCAUUGUUUUUGAGCACCUCUAUAAUGAUAGCAUGCACUGGUCACUGAAUAAGAACUACCUAAGUCAGAAUAACACAUUGUGGCCAUUUGGAUUUGUAUGUUUUCUGUCAUUUAACAUGCCUUACCUACCAUUAAUCUUGCGGUAACUGCCGAGUUUCCAGACAUAUUGUCUGUUACAUCAUAGACUGUUAGAUCUUUGGCUUUGUUUUUUCUAAUACGUCUAUCUGUAUAGGUCUGUCGCCCAGUUGGCAGUGAGAGCCCCGAUCGUUUGGCUACUCGCUGGGAAGAGCCAGUUCUGUCACUUCAC